GAGAGUUUGCGCACGUCAGUUAGUCGGCGCUCGGCGCGACGUGAGUUUCAACAAUAAAGAAAAGCACCAGAUAAAAUAAUAAUUGAAAUCAUAAACAUAAAAUCCAUAGGAAGAGAAUCAGAAGUUUUUCGAAGAAUGGAAAUUCAUUUAAAUACAAAUAAAAAUCCAACGAAUAAAAUGUGAAAAUAAAUCGAUACGAGUAAAUGUAAAUUUGUUAUACGAAUUUAUAAAGUUUUAUGUAAAAAAAUUCUAUAUCAUAAAGUGUGUUUGCUAGAAAAAAAGGAAUAAAACACAUACACAACCAACUACAAAUACGUGCAUAUGUGCAAACGGCAAUCAAUGCAAUCCACUGCAAUCCAAUCCAAUCCGACUAGUUAGAAUUGUGAAAAAGUGCUUAACGGUGAGAAUACGAAUCGGCGCUUAAAGCGAAAUUUUCGCCUAGUUGUGCAGAUUUUCAAAAACAUUUACCCAUACAUACAUAUCUAGCUACAUACUAGCGUAUGUAUAUGUUUGCGGGUUUGAAGCACUAUUCUUUGCAAAACUAGUACGAGUACAUAUCGCAUGUGCAUAUAUUUGUGUGAAUGCAGGUGGUAUAGUUGUUGUAUGCAUUGUUUCGCUGCUCCAUGCUGAAAUAGCAGUGGUAUGCACAAUAGGAAUAUAUACAUACAUAUAUAUAUUUCUUUUUGAUUUCGCUUAUAAUCAACAACCAACAAAACAGAGCAAAUAUCAAGCGACUCUACUUUUUCGUGGAAUUGUGGCAAAUAAGAUCAACUAAGGUGCAUAAGCAAAUAGCAUAAAUUUCGUCUUUUAUUUUGUAGACAAUGGAGUUAAGCAAUUUUAAUGCAUCGAAAAAGGUCUCACGCGAAGAGCGCCGAUAUUCAGUACCUCACGGUCCUAAUACACCACAGCCGCCGGCGGCCUCAGAGGACUUACAUGCAUGGUCAAUAUAUAGACAAAAUCUAAACUCCGACUUCACUGACUCCGCUUUGGGCUCAUCAGACAAAUCACCGCUGCCAUAUGGAAAUUUCCAGUUACGCGACACCACAGUGCAAUCAAUUCUCAAUCAUCCGCGCUACGGACCGAAAUCUCCCUUGGGCUCGAAUAUGUACACAUAUUUGAAGUUUGGUCUGCCGCGCGUCUUCCCACCCAAUGCAGGUUCGCAGCGUUCACAUCGACCGCCGGGGCCGGGGCCGGGUGGUGUGCGUGGUCGUGUUAAUCGCGGUUUUCGCGAUAGCUCGGGUGUUCCGCCGGCAGGCUCUUCGGGCUAUGACAGCAGUGACAACGAAACAACGCGCAGUCGUGUGCCGCCCAACUUGAGAAAAUACCGCAGCGAGUCGGAUUUCCGUGCCAUUGGCGGCAUACCUAACUCACGCCCCGAAUCGCGCGCACAAGGUGUACCCAUGACAGCGUUGCGGCAGGCGAAUAGCCGCGCCAGCAUUGCGGUGGGCACCCACAUAAAUACUCAUCACUAUAUGCCAAAUGGCAAGCACUACGGCCAUCGUUCGCACAGUGAAGCCGAUUUGUUAGCCGGUGGCGCUGACGUAAUCGGCUACGAUUAUGGAGAGUCACGUAUUUACGGCACAUCGCGCAAUCGCAGCUCAGACCAUCCGAACGGCGGGCAUGCCAGUUACAUUAUGUCUAGCCGGAAGCAUUCCAGCAUAGGGCUGGUCUAUCCCAACAUACAGGUGCAUUGUCUGGAUGUGAACCCAUGUCUACGCGGUGUUUCAUUGCAAGCAAAAGCUGGCGAUUUGUUCGCCAUAAUGGCAACGUCACAACGCGAAGGCACAGCGUUGGCGGAAUGCUUAGCGGGUCUGCAUGAACGCAUGGGUGGUGAAAUACUCAUCAAUGGCCAACAAAUCAAUAGACGCGGCUUACGUGAAUUGUGCAGUUAUGUGCCAGCGCUGAAGGUAUCCUCGCUGGAUCCGCGCAUGAGCGUGCAAUGUACGUUGAAUUUCCAUGCCGCGUUGAGAGGUCCGCUCGAUCGAAGUGACCUCAAAGAAAGAAUGGACGUGCUAAUCGAAGACCUUGGUUUAACUACGGUGCGCGCUUCAAAUGUAUCCUCGCUCACUCACUCGGAGAAGCAACGUCUAAGUGUCGCAUGUCAGCUGCUCGCACAAUCGUCGCUACUUAUACUCGAUCAGAUCACUAGCAAUAUGGAUAUUUUUGACACAUUCUUCCUGGUGGAGUAUUUGCGUCAAUGGGCAAGUGGUGGCCGCAUUGUUAUCAUGACACUACAACCGCCCACAUUUGAAAUACUCUCCAUGUGUUCGAGUGUGUUGCUCUUGUCAGGCGGACGCACUGUCUUUUCCGGUAGUCGCUCCGACUUGCCCAGACAUAUGGGCGAACUGGGCUAUCCGUGUCCGCCAUUCAAAAAUCCAGCAGAUUACUACUUGGACUUAGUUACAUUGGAUGACCUAUCAGCCGCCGCAAUGUUGGAGUCAUCGGCGCGCAUCGAAUCGCUGGCCAAUUCGUGGGACCAAAUGAACUCGGAACCACCGCUUGCCGCACCACCAGCAUCACUGCCCAACUUCACAAGGAAAGCGGGUUUCUGGGGGCAGACCAAAGCUUUAAUUAAACGCUUUGCCGCGUACAAGCAACCUGGUUCGCUGCUCACUUGGAUUAGUAAACUGAUCGCUGCGGCAGUGCUUUCCCUCUGUAUCGGUUGCAUUUUCUGGGAUGUGCCGGCUUCCGAUCCGCAACUCACCUACAACGAUCGAUUUGGAUACCAUCAUUGCGUUAUGGCGGUGGCAUAUUGGCCAUUGCUGCUCUUGACUAUACGCGACGCGCAAGAGGAUCGAAGGCAUGCCGAACGGGAUAUACGUUUAGGACUCUAUACGCGCGCUCUUUACAUCACUAUCCAGUGCUUGUUGGGGCUCUUCCCGAGUUUAUGCAUCUGGCUGGCUUAUUUGCUACCGGCGCACAGCAUGGCAGGACUGUACACCUAUUCGACAAGCAGCGAUGCAGGAAUCUAUCUUUAUAUGGGUUACAUGUUGCUGUACCUCACAGUCAUACAAACGUUGGCCCUCUUCUGCGCUCAUCUCAUGCCUUGCAAGGUAUCCGCCAGCAUUUUCAACGUGCUGAUUACACUGGGCCUAGUAGCUGUGGGCGGUUACGCAGUGCAUCCGCGCAAUCUCUCGAAAUUAUGGUCGUGGUCGCAAUUAAUAUCGCCCGAAAAGUGGCUGCUGCCUAUUUUGGUGCAGGAUGAAUUUAGCGCGGAAACGCUGGCCAAUUCCGCUGGCUUGCAGCUUUGUCGCAAUAAACAGGUUCAGCAUCAGGAGAUCAUUGUUCAACAGCCGUGCCCACCACCGAAUGGUACCCAAGUGCUAGUCGAUUUCCAACUGUUGCAACGCAACCAUAUACUAGACCCGACCGGUUCCUACGAGCAAACCACCACACUAGCCUUGGUGCUGGCCUCUGUUAUACUCUUUAUAGUGACAUUUUUCAUUUUUGUGUGCAAUUGUCGUAAUACCUUCCGGAAGAAGCAGAAACGAAUGUAAAAAAAUAAGAAUAAAUUAAGUAUACAAGUGUUGGACGUAACGUAAAAUAGAUUCUAAGGGUACACAUUAAACGCUGAUAGAAUUUUAAUUAUCUACGUUGACUUCCAUAGCUUGUAGCAAAUUUACGCACAUUUUAACGAUGCAUUUAAACACGUAAAUAUACAUAGAUGUAACACAUGGGCCUAACA